CCUGCAUUAAAAUCAAUGUCUCUUUUUUUUUCUAAAGAUGACUCAAAGCCCAAACCAAAAUUUAUGACAAAUAUACCCGCCCCAAAGAUCCCGGAUGGCGAAAAAGUGGAUUUUGAUGACAUCCACAGGAAGCGACUUGAGAAAGAUCUGUCCGAGUUGCAGUCGCUCAUCGAGGCUCACUUCAUCCAGCGGAAGAAGGAGGAGGAGGAGCUUGUUGCACUCGUCAACAGAAUUGAGAAGCGUCGCGCCGAGAGGGCGGAGCAGCAAAGGAUCCGGGCCGAGAUGGAGAAAGAGAGGCAGGCCAGGCAGGCCGAGGAGAAGGAGCGAAGAGAGCAGGAGGAGCACCGCAAGAAGCACGACGAUGACGCCAAGAAGAAGAAGGCCCUCUCCAGCAUGAGCCAGCAAUACGGCGCCGGACAGAAGACGGAAAGAAAAGGCAAAAAGCAGACUGAGAGAGAGAAGAAGAAGAAGAUUCUGGCUGACCGUAGGAAGCCGCUCAACAUCGACCACUUGAGUGAUGACAAACUGAAGGAGAAGGCGAACGAACUGUGGGAGUGGCUGAUGCAACUGGAGACGGAGAAGUACGACCUCAACGAUAAGUUCAAAAGGCAGAAGAGUGACAUCAACCUGCUCCUCGUCCGUGUGCAGGAUCACCAAAGCGCCAAGGGACGUGGCAAGGGCAAAAUGGGAGCCCGGCUGAGGUAAAGAGAGCGUCCGUCCUCGCCGAAACAGCGCACCGGUGUACCUCUGAUCGCAGAGGGCAUUUUGUUUGUGUGCCAACACAAUACAUGGGUGCCACACAACGCGUCUUACUGGAAUGUGCUUACACAAACGUGACCGAUUUGAUGAUCUUUGGUGCGAUACUCUUGUGUGUGUGUGUCCUGUAGGACCAAUCAAUAAAAGAUAGUGGAAUUUGAAA